UCAGACGAUAAUAAAUGACUGUGUGAUUCUGGGCGUCGAUAGUUGGUUGAGAGACGUAGCUGCCAGGUGAUUGAAGGGCUUCGGCGAAGGCGGCAGGAAAAUGGGUCUCGGGCUGCUUACGCUGCCCGCUGUACUGUUGCUGUUAUGUGGGAGAAGAACUGAAUGUACAGCUGGCUUCAUUAAAUCUCCGCUUUCGGAAGUCAGGUUGACAGGGGAAGCUGUGGAGAUACACUGUGAAGUCAUUGGUCGACCCAUACCAGAGAUUCAGUGGUGGUUUGAGGCUGACUACAGCAACAACGAGAGCUUCUCCCAACUAUGGGAUGGUGCUCGUGAAGAACGUGUGCAAAUUAAUGCCACCUACAUCUUCCAUGCCACUAGUACUCUCUGUGUCACAAGCUUGACUCCUGAGGACUCUGGGACCUAUGAAUGUCGGGCUAGCAAUGACCCUGACCGCAACCAUCUAACAAAGAUCCCACGCAUGAAAUGGAUCCGCUCCCAAGCCAAUGUGAUGGUCAUUGACCAUCCAGAUAUUACAACAAAUGCCGUAUAUAUGUCGGAGAAAACAGUGAUUCUGAGCUGUAACUUGUCUGUUAAUUCUCUUAUUGUCUCUGGCCACCGGUGGCUGAAGGGCAGUAAGGUCCUUCAUGAAGAUAAGGACACUUCUAAUGUCAUGACUUACAAUGUUACAGGGCUGCCUGGUGAUGGCUCAGGACAGUACACAUGUGAAUUCUUGACUACACCUGAUGUGCGCAUGGUUGUUAAUGUGUCAGUUUCACCCCAAGUGCUGCACCUAAAAGCAAGUGAGCAUGGCAAUGAGGGAGAUACAGGUGUUCUGACCUGCCAAAGCAAUUCCUUCCCACCUGUGACAGACUGGGCCUGGUACAUUGUUUCUCCUAAUGCAGUAGAGGUCAUAGGAAAUGGAAGCUCAGAUCGUUAUGUUAUAAAAUCGACGGGCAAUCAGACUGUGCUGAGGAUAAGUAAUGUGGAUAUUGAGAAGGACCAAAAUGAGUACACGUGCAAUGCCACAAAUGAGCUUGGUACUGGUGGGGAUGUAAUACAUUUCAAAGUGAGAAGUCGUCUGGCAGCUCUCUGGCCAUUCUUGGGCAUUGUUGGAGAAGUGGUGGUACUGGUUACAAUAAUAUUUAUCUAUGAGAAGAGGAGAAAGCCUGAUGAGGUGUGUGAAGAUGAAGACUCUGCAACAGGUGCUCUGAAAAGUAAUUCCGGUGCAAACAAUGACAACCUGCGCCAGAGGAAUUCAAACUGAGGCCCUAAAGGUAUUCUUAGAAGAGAAGACUGAACAAAUUUAUAUGCUCAAUUUUUUUUGCCCCCUUCUGUUGUCCUGCUCCCCGGUGCCUCGCUAUCAUCCACUGUCAGUUGCUAGUGCUCAGCCUAAAGUUUUUUUUUGUUUUUUUUUUUCCAUGCUCGUAUUGACCCAAGAGCUGUUCUAGGCUCAGUCCGCUUAUGUAAACCAGAUUACACCUCAUUAUACUUGUCUACUAAUGUUUCAGGUGUCAUUGAAGCAUCUGCUUGGUUAAUCCAUAUAGAGUAUUUUCCAUAGUUAUGUUUGGUUGUAUUUAUAGGUCGUAGUCAUGGAUUUUUUUUUUUUUUUGGAUUGGUUUAACCUUGUGGCACUGUAUAUAUUAGAAGGCGGCUAUAUUGUUGUGGGGGGAGGGAAGAGUCCCUCAGUCCAUUUAUUAAUCACUUCUUGGGAAUCUCUGCAAGUGGAUAAUGGAUUAUUAAAAAAAAAAAAAAAAGUUUAGUGAUCAGUUUAAAAUGUUUUUUAAAAAGAAAAAUACUUGUUACCACAGAUCAAUUUUAAGUAUUUAUGUACUAUUUUGCUUCUGAGAGAAGUGUUUGAUUCAAAUAAACUCUUUUUUUUUUUUCCCAAAAAUA